CGAUAUUGCAUUCGGCGAACUAUUUGAACUAAGUGAAUCGAUGGAAUUAUUUCAUCAGUACAUCGAAUUGGACCGAAGCUGAGCACUUGCCUGAACAAAAAUAAUGAACAUUUCAAUAAUAUUUGUGGCAAUUAUUGCUCUCAUUAUAGGCUGCCGCAGUGACGAUUUUCCUUCACACAUAAAGCGCUGCAAGAACGGAGAUCAUACAUGCAUUGCCAAUACUAUGAAUGAACUGAUUAAAGUGUCAGCAAGUGGCAUACGUGAGCUUGGUGUCGUCCCAACCGAUCCAUACGAAAUAGCUGAUGUGAUUGUGGAAAAAGGAGAAGAGAGUCCGAUAAAUAUUAAAAUUCACUACGAAAAAUGUAAUAUAACCGGAAUCGAUAGCAUUCACGUCGAUAAAGUCACUGGAUUCGAAAAAGACCCCAAAACGUCAAAAUUCCGCAUGCGCGGACAUUUGAAAUUGUCAACCAUAUCUGGACCAUAUCAGGUUUCAGGAAAAGUUCUACUCUUACCAAUUACUGGACGCGGUUGGUCGGAAAUUAAAUUUGGUAAUGCAAAUUUUCGAUUAUUCUCUGACUAGAGGACAUCCAUAGAUCCCGUCGCCAGUUUU